AUGUGCAUCGAGGAGGGAGGCUUUGCCGAUCCUAAGGAAGAACUGGAGAGGCUGGUUGGAAAAAGGCAUCAUGAGGCGGCCACGCUCCGAGUCAGGUGUUCGGAUGGGCGUUACUGCUUCGGGAACGAUACCGGUGCGAUGCUGAGGCUGUUGCAGGCGAAAGGAAGCGUGGAUACGAUCUCUGCGCAGUGGAUCCUAGAGGACUGA